AUGGGUUUCAACGAUUACUCUUCAACGACAUUUACCGCCACUAAAUGGCUGGGAUUUGUCACCGCCGUAUGGGUCCAAGCCAUCUCCGGCAACAAUUACACUUUCUCUAAUUACUCUGACGCUCUCAAAUCUCUUAUGAACCUAACCCAACUCGAACUCAACAAUCUCUCCGUCGCAAAAGAUGUUGGUAAGGCCUUUGGUCUUCUCGCUGGUAUCGCUUCCGAUCUCUUGCCUACACCAGUCAUUCUUCUAAUUGGGUCCGUUGAAGGCCUAAUUGGGUACGGAACUCAGUGGCUCGUCGUCAGUGAGAGAAUCCGACCCCUCCCUUACUGGCAGAUGUGUAUAUUUCUAUGUUUGGGAGGAAACAGCACGACGUGGAUGAACACGGCGGUUCUCGUUACUUGCAUCCGUAACUUCCGCCGUAACAGAGGCCCUGUCUCCGGCAUCUUGAAGGGAUAUGUCGGUCUCAGUACUGCAAUUUUCACCGACGUCUGUAAUGCUCUGUUCUCCAACGACCCGUCCUCGUUCCUUCUUAUGCUCGCUUUAGUCCCCUUUGCCGUCUGCCUAAACGCCAUCUUCUUCCUUCGGGAGGUUCCGCCGUCGGCCACCGCUUCCGAAGAGAAAGAAGAAUCCCGCUACUUCACUAUCUUCAACACGGUGGCCGUCGUUAUCAGUAUUUAUCUAUUGGGGUACGAGUUCGUUCCUUCUCCCAGCCGCGUCUUUUCUUUAGCGUUCGCAGUUAUACUUCUAGUCCUCUUAGCUUCUCCAUUGGCGGUUCCCGUGUACGCUUUUAUUCGGACCUGGAGCUCGCAAAAAAACGAAUCGGGUCUUGACGUGGAGGGACAGAUUGAUGAACCGUUGUUAAAGCAGGAAGAAACUCAGCAGCAGGAAGGGGAAGUAGUAGCGGUUGCACCACAGACGACGGAGGAGGUGCCGGUUCUGCAGGAGAAGAAAAGGAGGCCAGUUAUCGGAGAGGAGCACACGAUCUUUGAGGCGAUCUUGACCGUUGAUUUCUGGUUACUGUUCCUGUCGUUUUUGUGCGGAGUGGGUACGGGUUUAGCGGUGAUGAACAAUAUGGGUCAGAUUGGUUUGGCUCUUGGAUACGUCGACGUUUCAAUGUUUGUUUCGCUUACAAGCAUUUGGGGAUUUUUCGGGCGGAUCAUAUCCGGCACCGUUUCGGAGUACUUUAUCAAGAAAUCUGGAACACCAAGGCCUCUUUGUAACGCAGCCUCUCAGAUUCUAAUGACUGUUGGGUACAUUCUCAUGGCAUUGGCACUGCCUGGUUCUCUAUACAUUGGUUCCAUUGUUGUCGGCAUCUGCUAUGGUGUUCGUCUAGCUGUUACAGUCCCAACUGCGUCGGAACUGUUUGGUCUCAAAUAUUAUGGUCUACUCUACAACAUUCUGAUACUCAACCUUCCACUAGGCUCCUUCCUCUUUUCUGGUCUUCUGGCCGGAUUUUUAUAUGAUGCAGAAGCCACCCCAACACCGGGAGGUGGCAACACAUGCGUGGGAGCCCAUUGUUAUAGGCUUGUGUUCAUCAUCAUGGCCAUUGCCUGCGUUAUUGGGUUCGGUCUAGAUGUUUUACUAUCGAUUAGAACCAAGGACAUCUAUCGCAAGAUUCACUCUAGCAGGAGAGGCAGAAGCAGGAAAUCGGCCUCUCCAUCCAACGGGCAAUAACAUGUGGUGUGGACCUCGACGGUUAGACAUUCCAGGAUUGAUGGGCUUCUGCUCAAGUGAUGCUCUCUCAAUUCAGGAUCAGAGUCGUUCUCCUACAACAUUCACUCCAACCACAACCUCGGAGAACUUUGUACUAUUAGUUGAUUUUUUGUUGUGUUAAAGACUCUAUCCUCGCAUAAUAUGUAUGUGGUGGGAUGUGGAGGGAAGUGAAUUGAAUUAUAUGAUGUUGUAUCCUACGCAAAAUUCUCCCUUUACAUCUUGCCAAAUUAGUAAUGCAAUGAUAUCAUUUUGGGCUC